GCAUUCCUCUGGGCUGCUCCCUUUAUAAGUCACUGCUGGCCGGGCGCCCGCUCGCAGCUCCGCAACCUCCCCGCCGGCAGCGCUGCCGCUGCCCCCGCCAUGCCCUAGCCCCGCUCGCCCGCCGGGGGACGCGCAGCAGCCCGGGGAGGGACGGCGGCGAUGGCACCCCCGUCCCCAGCCCCCGCCCGGCCCUGAGGGCGGCUGCUGCCGGGAUGUUCAGCUGGCACCGGAGCUUCACUCUGGGAGCACCCUGGAGGAGAGCAGGUAAGAAGAGCCCACCUGCUGAGGACAAAGUUGUACUAACACAUAUGAAGAUACUGAGCAAUGAAGGAAUUCAAAACCCAGGGUUAAUCCCAGAGGCUCCGGCUGACACAGCCUGCACAGCAGAGUCCCAUCUCCCCAGCACCAGCCUCCCACCAGACUGCCAGGGAAACGCGAAUGCAGUGGCCACAUCAGCAGAUCCAGACUGUGUAGAUGCCCCAGCAAGCACAGACUAUGUAGCCACACUACCUGACCUCAGUACCUUCGAGUCCAAAUACCGACUUCACAGAUUCUCCAAAUUUGAAUCUGAGGACUCAGGCGUUGAAUUGCCAAGUGGGGCUAAUUCUCCAUCAACACCAACAGGUUCAGAGAAGAGCUUUGUCCUUCACAGCAGAGACUCAUUUUGUGACUCGGGCGUGCUUAGCACCUCUUCUUCUCCAGAAAUUGACCAUCUGAUCAUGGGAACAUGUAAAGACCAUGCCAGAAAAGUCAGCCACCAAGAUCCAGAGAGUGAAAAGCAAGCUGAGUACCACAGCCAGGAGGCAGAUGCUGUGCAGGGUCCUACAGCUUCCCUUGAAGACUUCAGUGUCCCUCAGCAAGAAAGUCCCAAUGAACAUUUUGACCAGAAUGAAAGGCAACCUUUGGAAAAGGAACCUACCCCAGAGACAGACCUUCCCAAAGAAAGCACCCUUCCCACCCCAAGUCCAACAGAAGAUCCAAAGACAAUUGCUGACAGUUUACCAGAAAGCUUUGACAGCAUGCAAGACAUUCAGAUCCAUGGACAUCAGCUGAAGAAGUACCCCACAAGUGACAGUCUGGAUGAAUACAUGGAUGAAUGCUGUAGACUGAGUGAGGUGAACCAAGGUAACAGCAAAGCCCUGGGAUCUGGUCUGGGAUACCUGGAACACAUUUGCCAACUGAUUGAGAAGAUUGGGCAGCUGCAAGAACACAACCUACGUCUCCAAAAGCAAAUGUGCAGCUUGCAGAAAGAGCAAAAGAUGAGCCAGAUAAAAGAGGAGUACCUUCUGCAGCACUGCUGCUGUGGAGCUGCCAGCAUCUUCCUCAGCUCACACCAAGACAUGAAGACGUUUCUUGCUGGGAAGAGCAGACCUCACAGCCUCUUGGUUCAGACUGGAAACCCUUCUGACCUUUCCAUCAUCCCAGAAAUAGGAGCAAAUGCUGAAAAGCUGAGCAGCUGCAAUGGAAGAGAGAGAUACUUGGAUGCAGGAAACAGCCAGCCCAUGAUGGGGCUCAGGAAGUCGUCAAACAAUUGGAACAAUAAGGAGAAUGAGUUCAGAGAAGCUGGUAGUAUGGCUGAGGGACAGGCUUUUCCGUCAAAGGACCCUGGACUAAGAAAGGGCCUGGAUGUCAGCAAGAACAUCUCGGGUGAGAGCCAUGCUUGGGGGAGAAUGAAAGAUCUUAUGAGAAAGACACGGCUGAGAAACCAGAACAAGCUGGGGCUGUCCUCUGCUGCUCUGAAGAGGUCUUGCCCACAGUUGUACAGGCCAGAUAUUAUGUCUUCAGAGCUGAGGAAAACCGAGAGGAACUCCAUGAUUGUUCUGGGGCAAAAUACAAAGAAUGAAAACAUAUGGCCUUUCUGAUAACCUGAGUCAAAUGGAACAAGAAAGGCAAAGAGGGAACACCAAUGGACACAAAACCAAGAACCUCGGGGUUACUUUCUGCAACCGGCAUCCUACAGUUGUCAAUAGAGAAACUCCAAUUUGAGUGUUGGAAAGGAAAGAGGGAAGGAGGAAGUUGAGAAGGGUCUGUGGACAGAUGCAUGCUCAGCUAUGUAUGGCUUCAUUCCUGGAUUUGAAGUAUAUUUAGAAAGUCAGGCCACAGGUGAAAAUUGCUGUUAGCAUAUUGGCAACAUAACCAAUGAAAACUUUUAAAGUAAGAUUUGGAAAUUAUUCUUCUUCUCUGAGUAAGGAACAGAAUUACCUGAAACACUGACGUUUUAAAUUAUCAUUGCUUUUUGGGGACCUUGUCCAGCUGAAAUAAACUUAAGCUUUAUGGGACACAGCAGCAUCUAGAAGAGUACCAGGGACUCCUUGCCUGGUGCAGAAGUGGCUGUUGGAAGGACAGCAUCUUCCUUCUAGGGGGGCUGAGUUGCAGCUUCUGCUUGUCCCCAACAGAGCUCCUCCCUCCAGAGCAGCAUUUGGCCAGCUGUGCCAUUUUACAGGAAUUCAACUGGAAAACCAAGUCUGUAAAGCCAAGACUUUCUAGAAGGCCAUUCCUGAAUCCACCCCUAGCUUCCAGUCCUGGGGGCCUGUCCUUCUGCAGAGGCUCCUGGACUCCAGUGCUACCCUGUGCAGCAGUUGACAUCACGCAGGCUCAUUGCAGAGAGCAGAGGAAGGGGCACUGCAGGAAUCAGAGACUGGGGGGUGCAUCCAAGGCAACGCCUCAGUUUCACCAGCCAGUUCAGCUCUUGUGCUAUCAAUCUUCUGGGGAGGGAAACCAGGCUUGAAUUUCUAAUUUUAAUGGAGAAGUUAAGUCCUCUGCCUGUGCAGGUGGCAGCCUGAGGCUGUAGGUGGGGAAGUCACGCUGCUGUACAGCUCAGCCUGUGCUCCCUCUGCUGGGAAAAGGCAACAAGGAGAGCAGAGCUGCAAGGCAGAAUCAUUCAAAUAAACACAGCCUUUAUAAGCCGCUGCUCUUUUGGGCCACAUUAACAACUCUGUAACGCUAUGGCCAUGUUUGGUGGCUGCCUUAUUGCCACAUGUCCACUGAUUUCAGACUGAAGGGACAGGCAGCACGUGCUUCUGCAGUUCACAUCGUUGCAGUGGUCUCUGCACACCAGCUCGUAUUGGUACUAGCACAAUAAUUAACACACAGGGAGUAAAGACUUAAAUAAACCAACUUUGCCUCUUGUAAAAACAUUAUUCUACCCCCUAAAUUACAAUAUAAUUGCAAGUCAAGCAAUCAUUGUUUAAAAAUCCCUUCCCAACCCAAACUUGCCUGGGAACCAAGAUUUGGGCUGUCAGGAAUGGAUCAACUUCAGCAGGCUUAGCCUUUCAGUAACAGAUGCUUCCCCCUUGCUCAGCUGGAGCCUUUGGAGUCCUCAAAACCAGGGCAGGAUCUCUUCUGAGAUCCAAAGCACCCCAGCCACGGUCUCCCAGGGCAGCCAUAGUUUGCAGGGGCUGCAGGGGUGAGUGAAGGCAGCAGCCCAGGUUUGGUUUUCAGAGCACUCGAAAGGAUUGUCACUUAGCAUCCAAAAAAAAAUAAAUUAAACCCCACAAUUGAAAAAUAAAAAAAGAUGGUCUGUGCUGACUCAAAGUUAGCACCCUAAAGUAGGUGCUGUGUUUAAUAUUUCAGUUGUAGCUGCUGCUGCAGAACUUGGUUAUUCACUGUAUAUCUUGCUAGCUUCAUCUGAAGCUAGAAAGAUUUAUAUCUUGAUUAUUCUGUGAAUAGUCUGUAUAUCUCAUAAAUACAGGGGUCUAAAAUCCUGCAUUAAGUUACACCCUCCAUUAUCCCUUCAGCUUUACAGAAACUGUAAGGAAUGUGAAUCAGUGCAAACUGAACUUAAAGCAUUUUAAGACGUAGCAUCAUGAACUGGUAUUCCCCACCACCACCUCCAUUCACAUUAUAGUUGUGUUUCGUUUUUUAACUAAAAUGAACUAGCACUCUUUUUUUUUAUUACAGCAUUAUAUGAAAUAUAUUCAUGCCUUUUCAAAAAUAAAUAUAUUUAUGACAUGUAACAUAUUGUAUAGUUCUCCACUUCAGGAUGCAUUGUAAUACAAGCAUAAGAAAUUUAAUAAAAAGCUUCACUAUUAUGAUAA